AUGGUGAAUGGUGAGAGCAAGUGCGAUCGAAAGCGGCAUGAUUUAUGGCUGGAGGGCCUUGAACUAAGUUGCUAUGGUGGGUCAACGAAACAGAAGUGGCUACCCUACUACAUCUCUGUCUGCAGGGAUGGACAUGCAAGUGGUGCGGUUAGGGAAGUGGCGCAAUCCAAUGCCGUGAAGCGUAAAAGAUCGCGCAUUCUCCAUCCAUUAACCAUCCAUGAAGUGCGUGUAGCCCUCCAAAACCGCCGCUUCAGAGGAAGUGCUGUCAAUAGUCGGCCGUGUCGAACAACACUUUGUGCUUCAUCAACGGCAAUUGGAACGACUGCUCUGCAAUACCGAAGCUCACCUGGGUGCGAUCUCAAGGAAAAAACGCAGACCAGUGCACUCCCAUCUGGAGGAACAGGGCACUUUCUUGUCCCUGUGGUUUCCUCAGGUACGAUUCGACCUCCCGUGUCAAAUCUCCCUUUCCCUUUGCGUGAGGAUGAGAUUGUGCAGUCGCUGAUUGUUUGUACUGCAUGGUCAGUGUUUCAUGCUCGACGGCACCAGCAUAGCCUGACGCACCCCUAUCGAAUGCGAUGGUAUGGAUUGGCUGACCCUUCCAUUAUCCUCACGCAUUGUUUUGGAGCCAAGCAAUCUGCAAGAUCAGCACGCGCAGCAGCUGUGGCCGCGCCAAUGACGAGUGGCAGUUGGAUGCCGCCGAAGCGACACACAAAACCCUCUUCGUUUGCAGUACGCCGGCCCCUGAUCAUGAUUCUCUUCUACAUUCAGUUGAGCGCUGUGCCCCCUCUGCAGCACUAUGAUCGUAGUCCAAUGUACCCAGCCUUACUGUUUGUAUUGGAGCUAACUCAGCAACAGAUUUACUUAUUCAUAGCUGCACACCUGCAUGGCGACUCGCGUGGUUUCAUGGAUGGAAAUUUCUAA